AACUGUCCACUAUACUGAUUCCACUAUUAUAUAACGCACCCUUUUGCAUGCAAUCUACAGCAUCAUAACAAGUUUUUCCUACUGAAAAACCGAAACAAAGUGUUGAAAGGUAAGUAAGAUGGCAAAGUGGAGUACAAUUCUUGUGUUUGUUGUAUUUGUUGUAGUGCAUGCAAGUGCAGCACGUACAGUUCCAAAUGGUGGCGAUGAACAAAAAAUGGGUGUGGUGCAUGCAAAUGUGGCGCCACAUGCAGAGAGUUCAACCGGUAAGGGUGUUGAUGAAAAGAAGAACUUUUUGGGUGGUGGAGUUGGUGGAUUUGUGGGAGGGGUUGCUGGGAUUGGUGGGUUUGUUGGUGGAAUUGGGAAGGCUGGUGCAAUAGGUGGUGGAGUUGGAGGUGGAAUUGGAAAAGUUGGUGCGAUUGGUGGUGGGAUAGGUGGAAUAGGUGGAAUAGGUGGUGGAAUCGGAAAGGUUGGUGGGAUUGGUGGUGGAAUUGGAGGUGGGAUUGGAAAGGCUGGUGGGAUAGGUGGUGGAAUAGGAAAAGUUGGUGGAAUUGGUGGUGGAGCUGGAAUUGGUGGUUUCCAUGGUAUUGGUGCCGGAGCUGGAAUUGGUGGUUUCCAUGGUAUUGGUGGUGGCAUUGGGAAAGCUGGCGGGCUUGGUGGUGGCAUUGGGAAAGCUGGCGGGCUUGGUGGUGGCAUUGGGAAAGUUGGUGGGCUUGGUGGUGGAGCUGGAAUUGGAGCUGGAAUUGGUGCCUUCCAUGGGAUUGGUGGUGGAGCAGGAAUUCUCGGUGGUCACCAUGGUAUUGGUGGUGGAGUUGGUGGGUUAGGUGGUGCUGGUGGUGGUGCUGGAGGUUUGGGUGGGACUGGAGGAGCUGGAGGCUUAGGUGGCGGUCCUGGAGGCUUGAGUGGUGGUACUGGUAUGGGAAGUUUGGGUGGGCCUGGAGGAAUCGUAGGUUUGGGUGCACCCGGAGCAGACGGAAACCAAGGUGGGACCGGCGGCCCCGGAGGCUUAGGUGGUGGAAGUGGUGGCUUGGGUGGUGGUUCUAGUAGUUUGGGUAUGGGUGGUGGGCCUGGAGGAGAUGGAGGCUUGGGAGGUGGUAGUGGUGGUUUGGGUGGUGGUGCUACUCCUUAAUAAGACAUAUUUUGAUGCUUUGCAUGCAUGUUGUUUAUUAUGCUGCCAAUUCAAUAUUGCUUUUAGGUUAGAUAGUCUUAGGUUUCUUUUACGAAUAUUUAAAAUUCCAGCCUCCUAUGUUGUUUGUCUUGUCGGGUCAAUUUAGAGUUUGAAGUUUUUUUUGUCAACCAUGCAUCGAUGAUGAUCAAUUUAAUGUUAUUCCUAGUUUGUAAGCAAAUGCUCUUUUUGGAGCUAUCUUUCAAGUUCAUAUUGGACUAUUUUAUUGGCAGGCUUAUUCUAAUGCAAAUUCUAAUGUUAUUUAA